CAGACUUGUUUGUGGACUACUGUGUGACAGAGGAGGCACCUCUUAAAUCCCUCAAGGAAAUCUGGACUUGAUCUUUAUGGUUGCUGAACUUGAGAAUAAACUUAACAAAAGGGACAAAGAAUAAGGAGAAGAAAUGAAGGACUUUGUGGAGUCAGUAGAACUAGGGGUCUCUCAGCGGAAAGGAGUUAACGCAGCUCGACCCAGAGUAUGGCUAAAGAGUGAAUUUGUUCGCGUGGGACUUGCUGAAUCCCUCAGCACAUAUGUCAUGAUGGUGUUUGGCCUGGGGUCUGUGGCCCAGGUCGUGACAGGACAGGGAGCAUUCGGACAGUACCUCAGCAUCAACCUGGGUUUUGGACUGGGUGUUGCUAUGGGGGUUCAUAUUGGAGGGAAGGUCUCAGGCGCUCAUAUGAAUGCAGCAGUGUCACUCACAAUGUGCCUGUUUAGCCGCCUUGCAUGGAAGAUGCUGCCUCUGUAUGUUUUUGCGCAGCUAUUGGGAUCAUUUCUGGCAGCGGGGACAAUUUAUGCUGUCUAUUAUGAGGCCAUAUUUGACUAUUGUGGAGGCAACCUGACAGUAACUGGGCCAAAGGCCACAGCUGGUAUCUUCGCCACCUAUCCUGCACCGUACCUCUCCCUGCUGGGUGGAUUUGUUGACCAGGUGUUGGGCACAGCUAUGCUGCUGCUGUGUCUGAUGGCCCUGUCCGACCAGAAGAACAAACCGGCCGCAGCGGGCAGCGAGCCUGUCGCAGUGGGUCUGCUGGUGCUGCUCAUUGGCAUUUCCCUGGGCAGCAACAGCGGCUAUGCCAUCAACCCCACCAGAGACAUCGCACCCAGGGUCUUCACUGCCAUUGCGGGCUGGGGGGCUGAAGUUUUCUGGUCUGGAAAUGGGUGGUGGUGGGUGCCUCUAAUCGCCGCCCCCACUGGAGGAGUUUUGGGUGCAGGGCUCUACAAGGCCUUGGUGGAAAUGCACCACCCUCCCCUCUCUGAACAGGGUGAGGGGCUGGUGGAGGAGGAGACUGCCCCUCUGGGGAAACAAGAAAACAUCUGUUCUAAUGUAUGUGUCUGAGAACCCCCAACUAUAGAGUGUGUCCCUUGCGGUGGAUCUCUGCAUGCAGCUGAAACAUUCCAUGAUGAUGAAGGGUUAAAAGACAGACCAAAAAGAAACUGCUCCAAUGGGGGACAGACGACUCUCACAAAAAGAGAGACCGACUAAAACUGAAAAUCUGUUGAGUCUGUUUUGUGUUAAUUUUAUCUUCAACCUAAUUUACUCAACUCCAGUCUCUGUGCUCAUGAAUGACUUAAACACAUAUAAAAUAGACAUUAUAGAUAUUCUGAACCAUGAUGCUGACAUCUAUGGCUUAUUGCUCCUAUCCAUACUAGCUAUACUAAGGACAUUAAAACCAGAGGGAGAUGAUUUUAUGUAUGGAAGAUGGGAAAAAAAAAAACACACACUCACUGGCUUCUACUUCAUGUGUCUAUUAUUGAGGCAACAGCAGCUGAUAUAAACUUGGAAGACACUAAAAUAUCAUUCAUUAGAAUAAUCAACAGAGACCACUUACAUGAGCUUGGAAACUACAGUGUGUACAGAGAAAAGUAAACAGCCCCCUAUACAUUGCACUUAGAUAAACAUGCAUCUUUUUGAGAAUAAAAUAGGAACAGGAGUGGCUCCUCACUGCUCUGCGGGGCCAUAGCGAUAAUAUACAUGUUCAUCUUUCCAACAAUCCAGUGCUCAGCAGCCUAAAGCCAGAAGAUGUAACUGUUUCUUCAUUAUCUAUGUGGGAUCUUCAAAGUACUUGAAAAGACAUUUAGGAUUAAAUAGACAUUUAAUCCUAAAUGUCUAUUAGGGCCCAAUCCCAAUGUCCACACUCACUGACUCAUGGACUCUGAGGUGAGUCCACGAGGGCUUAGGGCUGUCCCACUGUCAAAUCAUCAAGUGCAUGAGGGCUCUCUCGCAGACAUUUUGAGCCCUUUAUGCACACUUGCUGAAAGUCCGCAUUUCUGCAGACAGCCUGAGUGAAUUACGCACAGUUCAUCGCGUUAAAAAAGAAAGAUGAACAUAUUUGUCACUACGAUAACCCAGAUGAUGCUGCUCUUGAAUGUCUGAUUAAUUUCAUUUAAAAUUUCCUAAAUCCCCCUUUUAAGAUCUCAGGUUUCCCCUAGAACUGAUUUCUCCACUUAAAUCAUUGUUUAUUCAACAACAAAAAAGUAAUAACCUUUGAAACAUUAAGGAACAUUUUUUUCCUGAAACCUCUGACUGAAUAUGUUGAUAUUGGUGUAUAUGUGUACUCUGUUGUGUUCAUUUCAUGUUCUGCAAACGUCUUUGUGACAUUUCAAUUUGAUGUGUAUGUGCUGCUAUUGUUUAUCUGUAUGUUUGUACAUUAUUCUUGUUUUAAUUAAAAUAAAUCAAAGGUAAACAAACAUGGAAGGAGCCACUACAAGAAAAAGGAAGUUUACAGAAAUCAAAUCAUCAACCAAAUCAUGCAGUCGGAGCCUCAAGUUCCUUUGGCAUGAGUAAAUAAGUAAAAAACAUAAACUAAAAAAGGUCCCAAACCCACAAGGUAACUUGA